AUGUCUGAGCUUCCCACGUUAACGCUGGAGCAAUUUCGCAAAGCCAUUAAAGAUGUCUCGCAAUUUGAAUUGAAAUCAAAGAAAGAACAGCAACGACAUUUUAUUUUCAGAUUGGUUGAAACAAACAAUGAAUUGUUUGAUGAACUAAAUGCUGAAGAAAUAUCAUCCGAGGAUAGAAAGCUAUAUACGGAGACAAUUGAUGAAAAUAAGAUGAGCUUGAUUGAGCAGAUCAAUCGAGUGGAAAGCAUAAACCUGGAGUUAGUGGAGAGGGGGUUGAUGAGUGGUGAGGAGAAGGAAAAAGAAGAACGAAACUUGCUUGACGAGAUUAACAAUGUUGAUAAGGGUGCUCGUAAAGGUGAUGAAUCGAAGAAUGUCGCGAUUGAAGAGGAAGGUGUAAUGCUAUGA